UAUUCCACCGAACUGAAAAAGCUGUACUGCCAGAUCGCCAAGACGUGUCCCAUCCAGAUCAAAGUUAUGACCCCGCCGCCUCAGGGAGCCGUCAUCAGGGCUAUGCCGGUCUACAAGAAAGCCGAACAUGUCACCGAAGUGGUCAAACGCUGCCCGAACCACGAGCUGAGCCGGGAGUUCAACGAGGGGCAGAUUGCACCUCCCAGCCACCUGAUCAGGGUGGAAGGGAACAGCCAUGCCCAGUAUGUAGAAGACCCCAUCACCGGGAGGCAGAGCGUGCUGGUCCCCUACGAGCCGCCCCAGGUUGGGACGGAAUUCACAACGGUCUUGUACAACUUCAUGUGUAACAGCAGCUGCGUGGGAGGGAUGAACCGUCGCCCGAUCCUCAUCAUUGUGACGCUGGAAACCAGAGA